UCACAUCCGUAGCUCAACAUCGUCCACUUCAUCCUAUCCUCAAGGCAAGCAAACACAUCCACGGAUUUACUACAGCUUAGACCAGAGCAGAACAUCUCAAGAUCGAUCACAAUGGUCCGCCCCACCAAAAGAGGUGCACUGGCAGCUGCCAAGAUGACAACAAAGGCGCGACCUACACCUCUCUCCACCUCCUCAACCGUGGAUGCAGACACCUCCCUCUGUAGCAACGCUUCCACCUCGAUCUGUCCUGACGAGACAAUCGAGGAUGAUGAACCAUCGACACCGACUGGCAGACGCAGUCCCGCACUGGACCUGCCUGAUUCCGAUACCGAGGAGGGAGGACCGACGGCUGGCCCAGCCGCUAGCAACGUCGUAGUCUGUGUGCGAGUCAGACCAGCGGCAACAGGAGCUACUUCGGACGCAGAAGAACCAUGGUCCUUCGAUGCUUCAUCAUCGACCAUUGAAGCAACCGAGCAACAUCCAUCCCUGGCGAAGCGGGCGCCCUCUUCCGUAGCGCCAGGCAGCAGCACUCUCACAGCUUCGGCCUCUUCCAGCAUGUUGGCAGACGCUGCCGCCUCUGGUAGCUCUGCAGACACCUACAAAUUCUCCUUUGAUACCCUGAUCCCGACAGAGGUCUCAGCACUUGACGAUCUUUACACUGCCAAUAUCUCUCCAGUCGUCUCUGGAGCCGUGCAAGGAUACAAUGGCACAGUCUUUGCCUACGGACAGACGGGAAGUGGAAAGACGUAUACUAUGAGCGGAGGUGGCGGAGAAGAAGGAAUCAUCACUCGAGCCAUCAAUGAAGUCUUCCGCAAGGUAGAGCAGCUGCCAGACCGAGAGUUCCUCCUUCGUGUCUCCUACCUCGAGAUUUACAACGAAUCACUGCGCGAUCUCCUACUGUCGUUGCCCUCUCUCGGAGGUUCGAGCAGCGCCUCUGAGCGUCCUGCUUCACCCACCAAGGGUGGCUAUUCCCAUUCAUCAGGUCCUUCAUCUACCAGCUCCGCUCUUCGUAUCCUUGAACAGCCAUCAAGCGGACGUAUCACCAUCGCCGGUCUGAGGGAAGAGAUCGUUACUCAGCCCUCUCAGGUGCUCGACCUGCUCACCAAGGGUCAAGCUGCCCGUCACCAGGCAGCUACUGACUGGAAUGAGCGGUCUAGUCGAAGUCAUUGUGUUGCCACCCUGACCAUCGAGAGUAGGGCCAAGGGGAGCAAGAAUGGAGCGGUACGGGUCAGUGCUUUGAACUUGAUCGACUUGGCAGGUAGUGAGAGAGCGGCUACAGAGAAGGAAAGACGCAAAGAAGGAGCAUUUAUCAACAAAUCUUUGCUCACGCUGGGGUCCGUGAUCUCCAAGCUAUCUGCAGCAGCCUCGAACCCAGCAGCAGCAGCGCAUAUCCCUUAUCGAGACUCCAAACUUACUAGGAUCCUGCAGACAUCUCUUUCAGGCAAUGCUCGCGUAGCUGUCCUUUUGACGAUGUCUCCUUUGGCACAGCAUGCUGCUGAGGGUCUCAGUACCCUCAAAUUCGGCAAGCGAUGCAAGAUGAUCAAGCUGAAAGCGAAGAGGGGCGAAGUUGGGGAAGGCGAUGCUGGCAAUGAAGCUCUGCUACGGCGGUAUAAGCGUGAGGUGGAGCGCCUGAGAGCAAAGCUGGAAACCGACGUUGUCGCAGCAGCGGCGCCCUCGCCCACCACGACGCCUGAAGACGAAAGCGACAUGCUGGCCUUGGCGGAGCGCAAGAAGGCAGCCGAGUCCGAAGUCGAGGGCAUGACCAAGCGCAAGGCUGAGCUGAGAGCGCAAAUGGAGCACCUCACCAAGCUCAUUGUGACAAGUGGGUCUGUGGCAGAAGCUAGGAGGCGCGAGGAGGAGGAGGAAGAGGAGGAAGGCGCAGCUGCGGUGGACUCAAGGCCCAGCACUCCUUUACGUCGAGGCCGGGUGAGCGAAUUCGGAACGCCAGGCACUCCCAAGAACCUCUUUGGUCGGAAUUUGUCGCCCAGGAAACGGAUUGCUGCAGAUACAGCUGCCCGUUCCUCUUCUGACAAGCCUUUCGCAAUGGAGCUCGAGCUCGCUACAUUAAGGAAGGAGCUCGCUUGCGCACUACAAGCCAAGCAGAGCUCUGAAGCAGCUCGAAGUCAAGAAGCUGAGGCUUGGUCCAAGAAAGUAGAGGAGCUUGAGCGUCUCUUGGAGGACGCUGAGACUACGCAGCAAGACAGUGAGAGCCGACAAGCUCGCACUGAGUCGCUGCUGACCGGCAGUAUCGCCAAGGUACAGCGGUUGGAGAAGGAGAUCCAGGCACUCGAAAGCAGCGAGAAGGAGUCUAAGGAGCAAGCAGAGAUGGUCGAGGCGUCCUCGAGAGCUCAGUAUGAUGGUCUUGUGGCCGAACUCGAGGCUGAGAAAACCGCAAGGACAUCGCUGGAAGAGACUCUCAAGAAGCGACCAGAAUCUGAAGAGGAGGUGGCGCAGCGAGAGUUCGACCAGCUCGUGGAACCCGCUCGCAAGGCCGAGGAGGCAAAGAUGGGCAAGUCACCUCGAUUGGGAAGCUCGUCUUCAUUCUCUUCACUCUCGCCUCCAUCUCAAUCGCCGAGUCUCGCGAAACAGAAGGCGAGACUAGAUGAGAGGGAAGCCAAGCUGGCCCAGCGCGAAGCAGACCUGGCUGCCCAGAAGCAGGUCAAGGCGUUGCCAGUGCCUUGCAACCAUCAAGAAGAGAUUGACGCCUUGCGCAAGACGCUUGCAGAGAAGGGAGAUAAGAUCGCCGGCCUAGAGAGUUCGCUCAAAGAGAGGGAGCGUGAGUCACGAGAAGCUCAGCUCAUCAAGCCAGUGCCAACCUCACCCAUGAGGCGCACCUCGAUGCGCGAGUACAAGCGAUACAGUGGGUCGCCCCUGCUAUCGACUGAGCUCGCGCCUCCCUCGACGCUCUCGAAGUCAGUGUCAGCAGACAUCGGCGCCCUUUCUUUAGCUACAUCGUCCACUGCGCUCAACGCCUUGGCCGUUGAAGCCGCUGUCAAGAGCGAGCGAGAGGAGAUCUCUAGGCUGAAUGAUGUGAUCAACAGUCAGCGAUCCCUCAUGUCCGAUCUCGAGCGUAGCGUCACUGAAUGGAAGGCCAGAAUGGUGUCGCAACAGUCCAUCAUCAAGAAGCUGAUGGAAGCUGGACUAAACAGUCAUUCCUCUUCCUCUACCAAGCUGCCCACUCCACCUAUGCAGAGUAGCGAGAACCUACCUUCAUCCUUUCCGAGAAAUGAAGGAGUGCUGCGAGUCAAUAGGAAAAGUUCCAAUGGUGCCGACGACUUCCUGAAGAGGAAAGCUGCCUUCCUGUCCAAUGGAGAUGACACAGGCAUGCAAGCCAAGGCGCGAGGCGGGAGCGCUCACGUUGGCACGCUUUCCUCGAAUGGCGUCUACUAUGGCGCUCAUACCUUCAACCGAGCUCCUGCGACUUCUUCUUCAUCCAACUUCGGUCUUGGCCUCGCAGCUCCUUCUUCGCCCACCAAAGGCUCGGGCUUGUGGUCCCACCAGAACCCGGACCCUCUACCCCUGCCAGGCAAUCUCACGCCUUCGAAGUACAAGAAGUCCAGGAGGUUGACCAUUGAGAAUGAGCUGGAGAAGCUCAAGUCAUCCUCUCCCAAGGUUGAUGUUAGGACCAAGGAGCUUUUGGAUAGUCCGACGAAGAAGAGUUCGGCGAGGUGGGGUCAGGAAGAGGAGAAGACCUCUGCGAAGGAUUGGUACAUCUAAACACACUCACACAUACACACACAGACAACCCCUCGACACGCUUCCUUUUAUCUAGUCCUUGCUGCCACACAUUACCCGCUCCGUUACUUUGUAUGUAGUCCCUCUCCUUUGUACUCUACCUUCGUUUCACUCACUAUCCAUGCCAGGACCCUGACGCCGGGAGGCUGAUCCAAGUGGAGCAAACUCCGCU